GAUUUCCCGACGUAUCAUGCUCAAGUUUGAAGCACUGCUCACGUCCCUGCUACCAGGCUUUGUUUGAUCGGACAUUUUGUCUUACGAACGAUGUCUGAUGCGCAGAGUCGAGCUGACAAGCUGGCGAUAGCGAAGAAGAAGCUAAAAGAAUUCGAAGCUCGGCGACAUCGCGAUUCCGCGACAUCCUCUCCAGUUCCAAGUGUAGCAUCGACCGCUGAGCAUAACGCCAACAAUGGACGAUUGUCUGUCAAUAGCAAUCGUUCGCCAAGUGCUAACAACCACGAACAUAAUAUGUACACAGCGAAUCCCAUAGAAAAUGGCACAGGUGAUCACAUCUACCAACAGCAACCCUAUGUGAUAAAUAUGGCGGACGACUCCAACUCAUCAUCACAUUCUCUGUCAGCCAUGAAUACUGCAUCACACAAAAAUCUUAUGCCAGACAUGAGUAACAACAGUUCACCAUCGCCGCAGCAUGUACCAAAUGGGACGAUAAACAAUUCCUUGCCCUCAUACAAUACUUAUAGCCAGGCAAGCGCUCACUCAACUCCUUUUGAACUAGAGCGGGCGCAGCUCCAGCACGAACGAGAUGCAGCAGUAUCAGCCUAUGAGCAGGUCUCGGGACAACUUGAGCAACUGCGUAUUCACUAUACACAACUGCAUGCUGCAUAUUCAAGUAUGACUAGCAAUGGUGUUCACUCAGAAGUCGAUAAACAAAUACAACAACUGCAGUCGGCUCUUGCGGUACUUGUGGAAGAAAAGACAGCGGUACAAUCGGAAAUGCGCAAAGUGAAGAGUGAUUUGGAACAGGAACGGAUUCUGAAUGAGAGCCUUUCAUCGAAUCUCAAAUCCUUGCAAAACAACGAGUCUAAGAAACUCCAACAACGCUUGCAAGAAUGCGAAAGGCUUCUUACCGCUCGAAGCACGGAGUUGGAUGGCUUGAGAAGGAGCGAAGCAAAUGCACAAGCUCAAUUGCUUACUGUACAGCAUGAAAGGAGCGAGGCUCAGGCCCGCUUGAAGGUGACAGCUCGCGAGAAAGAUCAGCUUGAAGCAGAGCUCAAAGCAGUUAGGAAAGAUUUACAUAUGAAAGAGAUCUAUCUGAAGCAACUGGGUCCACAUGGGAUAGUGAAUAGUGCAAAUGAUGAGAGUGCAAUUAAAGCACUGCACGAGCGAGUUGAUACUCUUCAAAAUCAAGUCAGUUUGCUAACGAAUGAAAGAGAUCAGCUUCAUCAAAACACAGCGGAACUGAGCAGGCACUAUGAGACCUGCAGGCUUGAAUUUGUAAACACGAGAAGUAGAAUCGAAAAUGAGCUGUCCGAAGCAUCAUCAGCUCGCGAUGCUGCACUUUUACGUGUGAGAGAGCUGGAGAAUGACAUCAGUGUGCUGCAGAAGGAGCUCACACUGCAACGAGCGAAUGUAAACGACGCUGUGGAAGGCAGAGAAAAUCUUACUGUAAAUUACUCUGAAGAUGAGAUAAAUCGUAAAGUUGAAGAAUGCAAACGCAUUUUGGAUGCUCAAUGGCAAAAGAAAUUUGAUGAAGAAGGCAAGAUUGUGGACUCCAUGAUGAGAGAAAAGGAUCAAACACUCUUUGAACGUGAGCAGACGAUCAGCGAGCUUCAGAUGCGUUUACGAUUAGUGGAAGAAAGAUCGGCAGAAACUAGAGCGAGUGGAUCGGAUCUCCUGUCUCUGUCCGAGCAGCUUCAGAAUGAAAAGGCCACUGUGUCACGUGCUGUAGCUCAGAACAGAGAGCUAAAAGAGCAAUUAAUUGAAACUGAAGACAGGCUAGUUGCGUUGACCGAAGAAAAGUUGCAGUCCGAGUUAGCUCGCCAAACUGCUGAACAUCAAGUAAAGGAGUUAAGGAAGAAGCUUGAGGAAAGCGAACAAUCUGUCACCGGGAUUUCUGAGUCUACAAGUACAGCGCACACAACUCUUGAAGCUGUCAUGCAUCCAUCGAUGUCGCUUGAGCCAUCACGCUCCAGCGAUGAUUAUGAGGAAUCAGAGCGUGACCAUAGUGAGAGUGUAGCAGAAACCUCUCGAGAGCGCGAACGCAUGUUGGAGACGCAGCUUCGAAUGGCUAAUCAGCAGCUUGAAGAAAUUCGUGCUGAUCUUCGACGAAGUCAUACACGAAACGAAGAAAUGAAUCAAAUCCUCAGACAGAAUGCCGAGGACGAAAACCAAAACUCCAUUCAUGUCGAACUGGGCCAGGCUGUAGCUCGAAUACAUGAGCUCGCUGCAGAAAACCAGCAAUUACGUGAGAGUAUCGAACGAAUAAUCGAAGAACGAUCACAGCUAGAGUAUUCACUUUUGGAGAAAUCACGAGCUCUAGAUGCACAGGCGACGAAGUCGGAUGCAGUAGUGGAAACUGCCUCAUCUUCAACGCCUCCCGAAAAUCCUGCAGCAAACCAGCAGGAGAAUGGUCCAGAAAAAGUUGGUAGCCCAGCGUGGGCAAAAGCUGAAUUGGAAAAGCGCUUUUCGCAGGCCAUGCAAAAUAAUGCAGAACUUCGCGAAUCGAUGGAGAAAUUGGAGCACAUCAAUGUGCAGUUGCAGCUAGAAAAUGACACUAUCGCUGACCAUGUAAUCCUGUAUCAGCAUCAGCGCCGUUUAAUUAGAGAACGUUUGAGAGCCAAGGAUGAGCAGCUGGCCGCUAUGGAAGCUGAUCGGAAGAAGACAAUGGAGAGAUGUCAAGAGCUACAGAAAGCACUCAUGGACGUUCUUAGUCGAACUGGUGCAUUAAAGGAGUACGAGAUUGGAGGUCGAUCACGUCCCUCCAGGAAACCGAGAAAAAGAGAAGCUCGCUCGUACAGCCACAGCACUGUGGACGAGUUCAGCGGAGACGAGGAUGUGAUUGUUAAUGGGUCCACGAUGGAGAUCCCUCCCCGAACACCCGAAGAGCACACCAUUGAUGAAAGUGCCCUCAGCGAGGAAGGCAGAUGUGAUUCUGUAAGUUCCGAGGAUCUACACAAACACUUAGAUUCGAAACCAGAACGGUCGGCUUUGCCGUUAGAUAUACCGGAAACAGACGCAGCUGUGAGAAGGAUCUUGCAAAUCAUCACAGAUAUCAGCAAACCACCGCAUCCGAGCGCUAUCGACAAACUACACUGCACUCAAUGUAUCGGUGAUAUACAAACAUUAUAA